CUUCAGCUUCACUCAACCCGUCUGCUGCCACUGAAUCAGACACGGUCUCUUUUCCGAGUCGAGAUUCGUCAUCGUGUUGUGUGUUGGUGUCAAAGUAUCGCAUUAUCUGACUGACUUGUCAAUCUCCCAACACCGACAACCCAUCCUAAGACUCAGCGUCCCAGUCUUCCUUGCCCCCAGAAUUCAGCCAUGACAGGUGCUCAGUUAGAUCUCAUCUACUCUUCACCUCACUUCUCAGCACCAGGUCCAGAAAUCAUCGACCAAAAGCUGAAAGAGAGAGAGAAUCUUAUCUACCAAGAGGGGGUCCUAAUUGUGAAAGUUGCUCCUCAAGUCGUCGUUAAAUUUGGCCCUUCUGUCACGAUCCAUGAAGCCAAGAAUAUGAUUUAUGUCGCAAAAAAUACUUCAGUUCCGGUACCGACAGUAUUUGCUUGCUACACUUAUGGUCCCAUCGACAGGGACGUUGAAGAUUAUGGUAGUCUCUUUGACACAUACAUAUUCAUGAGCUUCAUCGAUGGCCAGACGCUUGAUACCGUAUGGGACUCAUGCAGUGAACAUACGAAAGCAGCUAUUGCAGCUCAGCUGAAAUCAUAUAUGGAAGAGAUUCGCAACAUCGGCGAUGGUUCCUAUAUCGGUUCUGUCGAUCACGGCCCUGUCACAGACCAAAUACUUUCAAAUCAUCACACUAAAGGGCCUUUCCUAUCAGAAGAAGAGUUCAAUAAAGCAAUCAUUGAUGCUUAUGAAGCGAAUUUUCCCAAACGUCACAUCAGAGCGUUAUUAAGUGGAAUGCUCUUUCAGAAUAAGCACCGCAUCGUAUUUACUCACGGUGACUUUAGGCCUCGGAAUAUCAUGGUGAAAGACGGAAAGGUCACUGGUAUUAUCGAUUGGGAAUUAAGUGGAUGGUACCCUGAAUAUUGGGAAUUUGUCAAGUCCUUGUACGUCUGGAGGUGGCAGAACGACUGGUAUGAUUACUUGGUAAAGAUUCUUCAGCCAUAUUAUGCCGAGUAUGCAUUUCAUACAUUCUUGGCUCAGGAGUUAUGGUGAUGAUGGUAUGAUACAACUUGCCACUCAAAGUGCAAGUAUAGUCGCUUUAUCGGACCACCACCCUGGACCACGACUUUUGAAUCAUCUGCAUUCUAUAUGACAAACGAGUCUCUCAAGCUAAUUCACCCUUCACUUCAGCCAGAACAUCAUCGACCCAGUUGGAACAGUUUCUUGCCGGUGGGUCAGGGCGUGCUUCGGUAAGAGUCCUAGGAUCAUGUGGCGGCGGAUGCUUCGCAGCGAUAUCUUCGAAACGGAUCUGCUCUCUCCAAAUCGGUACCCGGGUCUUCUCUCGUAGAUCAUACCCAUUCCAACAUCCCCCUUGACAUGGUAAAAUCUUCCUGCCUUUUGGUUGGGGCUCUGUGCGGGUACCAAUGCGAUACCUUCGUGGUCAGGGCCGCGAGCUUGCUCAAAGCGGACUCGGUAGACGUUGUAGAUCGUAGUGUCGGUGGACAUGUUGGAGGGUUCAGUAAAGGAUCUCACAGAUGGUAUUUAUGAUAUGGUAUGAUGGUAUCUCACUAAUAUCGAUGAAUUGAGGAAUCGAAGCAGAAUCUCU